AUGAGUGAGCGUAAGGUCGAGGAUAGGUUACCAGACACAGACCACAAGUGCGUUCCCUCGGCACCUGCCCAACUUCAAAAAACAAAAUUCAUUCAGCCUCCUCUUGUGUAUCCCUUCUGCUUUGCCAGGUCCAGCUGGGAACUGCCUGACUUGAGGGAAGGAAGAGUGAAAGCCAUCAGUGACUCGGAUGGGGUGAGCUACCCCUGGUACGGGAACACCACAGAGACUGUGACCCUGGUUGGCCCCACCAACAAGAUCUCCAGGUUCUCCGUCAGCAUGAAUGAUAACUUCUACCCCAGCGUGACAUGGGCAGUGCCCGUGAGUGACAGCAACGUGCCACUUCUCACAAGAAUCAAGAGGGACCAAAGUUUUACCACCUGGCUGGUGGCCAUGAAUGCUACCACGAAGGAGAAGAUCAUUCUGCAGACCAUCAAGUGGAGGAUGAGAGUGGACAUUGAAGUGGACCCUCUUCAGCUGUUGGGUCAGCGAGCCCGGCUAGUGGGCAGGACUCAGCAGGAGCAGCCCCGGAUUCUGAGCCGGAUGGAACCCAUCCCCCCUAACGCACUAGUGAAGCCCAAUGCCAACGAUGCCCAGGUCCUCAUGUGGAGGCCCAAGCGGGGGCCGCCUCUGGUUGUGAUACCUCCUAAAUAGAAGCAGACUGCCCAACUGUGUGUGGAACACAUGCCACUGAGGCACGCAGUGGGGUUGCCAGGGAGGGGGCAGGAGCCAAACUGAGUUUCUGAGCCAAAGCAGACCUCUUGGUUUGCCAGCCUCUGCAGCUACUUGUGAAGAGUACAGCUGCUCCUUGGGUGGGAGAACCAUAACCCUUAGGAAAAAGCCCCUUCCUCUUAGGAAUAAAGAAAUCACUGAUUUGACA